AAAGGCAAAAAGUUACACUGCAUUCAAAAUGUGACAUCACCUGGCACAUUUCUUGGGAUUGAGUAGGGUUUUUUAGUAAUCUAUUCAACAUUUAGUGUAUAUACAAAUGAUCUACCCAGCUUCUGACUUUAUAAUAUACAUUAAGUCAGACGUCCAAGGUGAUAUCUUCACAUAUCUUGUUCUCAAAGCACGUUUUUUGGCACAAGUUACAACAAAAAAAAAGAGAGCUGGUGGAAACAUUUAACUUGUAGAAAUGGGAUCAACAUUAGCUAAAGUAAAGUGUUAUUAUUACAUCCCAAACAAUUACUAUAUGUUUGAUGAAUCAAGAUCAAGAUGGUAUAUUGUAAGAGAGCCCCUGUGGGUUGGAGGUACUGGGCGAGUGUUCCGAUGCAAACUAUUUCAUCGGGCCAAGAAGGACGUGGCUGUGAAGAUUAUGCAUAAUAACUUCCCCUGGUCUGGUCAAAGGGAGUUGGCCAACCUUAAAGAACUCAGUAAGCUUGACCCAGACAAGAACAACUUGGUCAGGUUUAAUAGGCAUUUUAAACACUUUGAACGUGUUUGUCUGGAAUAUGAACUGCUCGACAAAAGUCUGUACGACUUCAUGAAACUACAGCACUUCAAGCCAUUGUGUUUAUCUGAGAUCAGAGUAAUCACACAACAGCUCCUGGUGGCUCUGAAUGCUCUCAAGAGCAUCGGUCUGGCUCAUAAAGACAUUAGCCCAGAAAAGGUAAUGCUUGUGAAUCAGUUGCAGUCAUUCAAGGUGAAACUGAUUGGUUUUGGUGCAGCAGGACCGGUUUCCACAUUCAGGAAUGGCACCACAGAGCAAUGCGUUGCUUACAGGGCCCCAGAGGACUUGUUGGGCCUCCCAAUGAACGAGGCCAGCGAUAUGUGGGCACUAGGUUGCACUUUGGCCUUCCUGUACCUGGGACAGCACCUUUAUCCAACAGAGUCUGAAUAUGAGGUCAUCAGAGCCAUCGUGCAGAUGCAGGGUCCACCUGAUAAAUUCAUGCUGUAUUACGGAAGAAGGACCUACAUAUUUUUCACCUUUGAAAACUCUAUGUGUAGACUGAAUGAUGAAGAUGAAUACACCAGCUUAGCAGGCUACGUGGUCCAUCGCUCUGAGGGGAUUUUCAACAAGUUUACCAGUCUGGAUGACAUGGCAAAGACCCGAUCAAAAGUGAAGAAUUAUGCUGAAUAUAAAGACACACAGGCCUUUUUAAGCCUAAUCACACAGAUGCUGCAAGUGAGUCCUGAAAAGAGAAUCACCCCCAGCGAAGCUUUAGGGCACAGUUUUGUCACAAUGAAACACUUUCACUCUAACAAAGACCCUUAUGUGACAUCUGCCCGUUUGGCCAUGGAGGACUGCCAACUGGAGCAGUCAUCGGUUGAAUGCAAACCCUUUGAAACAUCCAGAAAAGUGACAGGUUGGAAUGGUUCGUCCAUUACUAAAUUGGAUGAUACACUAAAUGAACCACCAGCCACAGCUGACAUUGUCACUGCUGGAACUACAAACAAUGGACAACCAGACAAAGUAGCCAGUGCUGGCUUAAAUGACCCCAACUCUGCUGGGACAGAUGAAAAAGCAUCAGGCACAGAUAAGGCAACUUCACCUACUCCUGUUAGUCAGAAUUCACAUGAUAGAACUGAGGAAAAUGAACCACCAGCCACAGCUGACAUUGUCACUGCUGGAACUAAAAAAUAUGGACUACCAGACAAAGUAGCCAGUGCUGGCUUAAAUGACCCCAACUCUGCUGGGACAGAUGAAAAAGCAUCAGGCACAGAUAAGGCAACUUCACCUGCUUCUGUUAGUCAUAAUUCACAUGAGGGAAACACUAACAAUGACAAAGGAAACACACACUUUGUUGAAGUCAAAUGCCGGAAGAAGUGGCUGAAGAAGAUCAAGCAAUUCUUCUCCAGGAUGAUUAAGCCAUAAGUUGCUGCAAAGAUUUUACUACACAGCACAUUUGAAUCACAUAUUGAAUUGAUAGUAAUAAUUGACUGUAAUAAUGCAAAUAUUCAUAUUUUGUAAAUAACUGCCACAAAGUUUUAUAUUAUUCUUUCAUAACAUGUAGCUUGUGGACUACAUGCA